AUGGGCCGCGCAUCAUACGCUUCCAUUGGCGAGAUCGGGCCGGAUACCGAGGACUCUCUCCCCGAAUAUCCACAUACUGAAGAGCUUCGGCGCUAUGGCGGCUGGAUGAACCCUUACUUUAUAAACUUUGGCCAGUCGGGUCUCGAGACCCAGUAUCCCUCCUUGCCCGCUUUGGGCAUGGACAUGAGCAAUGAAGAAGCUGCACGUCAAGAUCCUAUGCCCAUCCCGUCGCCGCCCCAGUUGGAUACCAUGUUUUUGGCCGAGCGCUUCCAGCAAGAGAUCAACGAUGGCUUCAAGGCCUGGCAACUCGCCUCUCUUCACCAGAGCCUCCCCCCCGUCAGCGAAGCCUCCAUCACUGUCAACCCCCAAAUGUGGCACCCAAUCUUCCAAAAGGACCGCUGGUUCGACCUCAAGUCCCCCGUCGACAUUACCGACACGUCUCUCACCGCUCCCCAUUGGUCCAUCGACAAUGCCGACGUCUUCGCCGAGCUGGGCAUCUGCGUAGAGAUGGCAAACAAAAUCUUUGCCGAGGCCCAGUGUACCAAGUGGCUACACGCCCUCUUGUUAAAAGACUGGGACCCCAUUACGGGAACCGAGUACCAAAGAUACAACAGACGGACGGGCGUCGAGGCCCAGCGCUUUCAAGCUCACGGUGACCCAGAUGCCCCCUUGACCCAGGCCGCACGGAUACGGCUUUACAACGAGACCACUGACCUCGCCGACCGCAUUGUUUGGUCCUUCUUUGACGGCGACGAUCCUAAUGCAUUUGGCUUCGCAAAUUCGAGGGCGGACAAGUUCACGUCCGCCUAUACAAUGCUUGCGAAGGACAAGAGGACAAACGAACAAUUUGUCGUCAUUCGCAUGAAUGCUCGGAUUUUGAGGACUUUGCUGCAAGACAACAACGGUACCAACAACCCGGCGGAAUGUCUUCGAUACGGCGAAAAACACAUUGCUCGUCUGCAGUUUGCCGUUACGAUGAUACACGAAUUGGCGCAUGCGCUUAACUUUGCCGCAUUGCUUAAAGAAGGUGACGCUCCUGAUACGUACGAACCAGUCUACAACAACGAGUGGGUGGCUGAGCUGGGCUAUUCAAUCGAGAAUAAUCUCUUUGGUGGUACAUUUCGCUACACCCCAGAAGGCACAGAAAAUGAUCUAGUUCCGUCUACACUGCCCGGUUUGCGGCAGUAUGGGCUGGCUCUAUACACAUUUGAAGACACCACUUGGAUAUAUAGCUCAAGUAACCAUACCAUCGACAACCAUAUUCACUGGCCCCCAGGUCAGCCCAUAUCCUUCGACAGGUAUCCCAUUCCCGCCUUCUUCGCAGCAUCCCUCCAACUCCAAGAUUUUUGGGACGUGUUGGUAGGAACCAAAGGCCGAAGCGCCCUACGGCCACCCCGCCCCUUUAGGACCCCCGUACUGGACCAGCAGGAGAUCACCCGCGUCUUCUCCGUGAUCCCGAACCCCAACAACCCCCAAAACUUUGACGCAUAUCCUGAAAUAGCCGCUAGAUACCAAGAUUGUGUCGACCACCUCCAACUCCGCAAGAAAGCAUGGAAACGCUGGCGCGGUAUUUCAGGACAAAAUGACCAUUUCGCCCAAGCCUAUGCCUACUGGCAACGCACCCCUUACUCCCUCGCGGGAUGCCGCAACUGCGUCGAAGUGUUCAGCGAUGCCGCCUCCUGUCACGACGAGAAGACUUGCACGGCCAUGAUCAACACGCUUCAGACGAGGAUCGAGGAAUGGGAGCAACGCGCCGGCCCGGCCAAGUCCCUGGGCUUCGUCUACCGCAUUCUGCUCCACCUCAUGAGAGCGGCUAUUCCCUGGCGAAGGAAAGCGGUCAGGUUCAAAAAAAAGCAAAAGAAUUUCCAGACUGAAGCGCCCAACCUUUGGCAUCCGAGCAUCAACGCUCUUGUCAAGGGAACGAGGUGGAGAUUUCCCGAUCGCCAUGUAUAUGGCGACGACGCGGGCAAGAGCUGGACCACGUUGAAUCUGUACGGCCAAAAAUACGCGUCUCACACUGCCUACGACGCCCGCGUCUAUGUCAUUUCCACAGCCCUUCGCGAUGGGCGCAGGUGCUGGACCAUCACCCCGACUCCCAUAGGGCUGCUGGAUGCCAUUAGGCAGUUGGCACAUGAGCUCCUUGCUGCACUCGACCACGAGGCGGAUCUCCGCGGCCUUGAAACUGAGGGCUGGCUGCCCUUCAACUUUACCUUUCCGGACUGGGUCAUGGGCUUGGAAAAGGGAGGCUCGAAUCAGGUCGGCGACGUGGUGGAAGUGUCGGAAGCGGAAGAGAAGCGGAGGAAUAGGAAUGCACAUCGUGCGUUCCUAGGGAGCGCGCCGUCGUCGCCUGUCAGUUCGUGGGCAUCUGAUGCCAGUGAUCGUGAUGAUGAUAUGAGUGAUAGUGAUCAUGACAGUGACUACGACAGUGACGACGACAGUGACGGCGACAGUGAUAAUGAUAGUGACAUUGAGAUGGGCGGUCAGGAACAGAAUCAGGGUCAGGGUAUUACCAGUCGUCUAAAGAUGGUUUUGGACAUUGGGAAACUGAGCGGUGUCUCGAAAGCCAUGAAGAGCCGGGGUCCCACCCGCGGUAUCUCCAAACCUCGUGGCCGUGGUUUCCGCGGUAGACGAGGCGGUGAUGGUGGUGGCCGAGGAGGCGGUAAUCCCGGUGCCGGUCUUAUCCGCCGUCGCGGUCCCCUCCGCGCAGGCAGAUCCCAAAAAGCCUGGCGAUCCGUAACCCACGAUGUCAAUGAUAGCGACGGGGAGGAGGAGGAGGAAGAAGAGGAUGACACUGAUCCUGAUGCUAUGGACAUAGAGUACGCAAGCCUCUCUUCGCUCUCUCCCCCACAGCAAAAUUCGCCUAUCCGAUCUAACCAGUCCCUCCCCGACAACCUCAACUUCUCCCAGCUGCAACUUAACAACCGCCACCGCUUCGUUCUGGACGAGUUUUACAAGUCUGGCCUUCUCACCAAAUCUGAAGCCUUUCAACUUUUGCUAGCCCACAUCAACUUCCACGACUCUGACGAAACCUGGGAGAAGUUGGGACAACUGUACUUCGAGUGGCCUGCCGAAGGCGGCACCAAAUGGUUCCAUACAUAUAAUGGUGACGAGGCUUUGGCAGACGUGAAGGAUGUGUGGAGGACAAAAAAGCAUUGGAGUAGGGGGGAGGUUGCUGAUCAUUGGCGACCUCUAAAAGAGACGACUGGGCCGAGGUGGGUGUUGGUGAGGUGGCGCGGGGAGGAACAUAUCUAUGAUCUUGGUGGUGGUGGCAUCCCAGAGGAACAAGAUGGCUUUUUGAAGGUUUUCGUCCGCAACAACAUUGCAACCUGCCAGGACUUGACCGUGUUCUGCCAUAAGUACAAGAAGAACCCCAUGGAUCUCAGGAACCUGCUGUGGCCGUGGCGGUGCGCAGUUCUCAAGGACUACAUUACGGAACCCCCGCCGAGACGGACACUGGAUGUUUUUACGGAAAGGGAGCUUGGACGGCAUAUUUUCAAGGAAGUAGGGAUGUAUAUUCGCAUCCGAAACAAUGUCUAUGAUAUUUCUGAGUAUGUGGAAGACCACCCCGGCGGCGCCAGACGCCUAGCCAUCAACGCCGCUCGCAAUGUCACGGACAUCUUCACCGAGAAGCAUGUCCUCGACCAGGAAACAUACUCUUGCAUCAUUCGCCCCUCUCAGGACACCGAAGAGGAGACCGUAAAGGACAGGUUAUCCAAAGUCCUGAAAAAGUUUGGACACCUCCGGAUCGGCUUCGUAAUCCCGGAAGUCCAGCCAGAUCAUCAGCUCGGCCCUAGGAGCCUGGUCCUUAACGGUUACAUUUACGAUCUUGGUUAUAUCGAGGAUCGCAACGGCCGACCUCCAUAUCGCUCAUGGCUUACCCCCUCAGCGCUCGGAACCCUCCGCCAACUCUACGGUCAAGAUAUCACGGAACUCUACAACAGCGAGACUAGGCGAGGUCAACAGCUGCGCGAGAUCUUUCGCGAAGUAUCCAAACUCAAAGCCGAUGUAAUCAAGGGGAAGAUCUACCGCCCUCCCACUCGGCAGAUUACUCUCCGCGAGCUGAAACACCACGGCAUCAAAACCCUCGCCACAAGGACCCAGCGCAAGCGCAGAGCCGCUCAAUGGGCGAAGCUGGUCUACGCCGGUGGCCGAACCCUAGCCCAAUGGGCCCACAACAGCAUCGUCAAUAACGAGCCCGCCCUAUGGGUAAACGUCGGUGGCAUAGGUGGACUUGUCUACGACGUCAGCGAGAUGGCGCGGUACGCUAAGCCUCGUAUAGCGCGCCUUGCAAGGUCCGUUUCGGGCACGAUGAUCCCUUCUGCGUUUGCCAACGAGGAAGAAGAAAGUCAAGCACCAAGAGAGGAAGAUGGCGCGGACGCGAUUCGGGAGUAUAACGCGAAGUUGAUAGCCACGAUGCUGACGGUGGUCUUUGCCGCGAGGGCGGUAGGUGUUUUGGUGGAGGAUCCGCCGGGUAUGAGCAUGAAGGAGCAAGAGGGGGUGGCGGAAAGUGCUGGGGAGAGUGAGGACACGGAUUGGGAAGAGACCUGGGCAUAUGCAGGUGAUGGUAAGGCAUAUGGUGAUGUCGCUGGUGAAGGAGGGGAUGGAGAGCAAGAAGACAACUGGGAUACCCCAAUCGACCCAGACCUGCUUUCCAGCCGGGAUCGUGCCAAACUCGCCCGGCGACAGAACGUCACGCCUAGUCCACCUCGUUCUCAAUCAACCCCAGGCUCCCGGCCGUCUGCCAGUGUUCCCACCCCGGGAUCAGUACUGGUAGCCCCUACCGUAGACAAUAGCGCCGCCCUCUUCCGACCUGGAGGACGUCGACUCCCUCCUCAAAGCCAGACCCAGAACAAUAACCUCGCUCGCCGUCUCGACUUCGAAGCGGCACCAGCCCCGAGACCAACCAACACCCCCCAAAUACAUCGCAAGAGACCAAGAAGUGAGCUAUCGGAAAUCAUCGAUGGUAUGAAGAUCAACUUCAACUUCCAGAGCAAGUCAACGGAUACUAGUAGCUCCUCCAAUGAUGACAACGACGCACCCCCUUCCCCCACGGCUGGGAAAAAGGGCAGACCAAGAGUAGUCAGACCAAAAAAAAGGAAGCGACCACUGAAACGGUCAGCAGACAAAUCUUCGUCACAACCGCAGGCCAAACGGCCUCGAUUAACGGGACAAGCUGCUGAAGAUGAUGCCGCGGCUAAGAAGGACCACGUAAAAGGGAAGAAAAAGACCAAGACGGCGGGAGCGGCUGCAAAAGCAAAGGCGGAUGCAAGGGAGAAGAAACCCGUAAAGAGGGGCCCUGGUGGUAAGAGUCAGGCGCCGGCGUCGGUGCCGCUGCCGAGGGGGAGUACGCCUGUUCGUCCUGGUGCGGGUGCUGGUGCUGUGCCGAGUAAGCAUGUGACGCCUGGACUUAUUGGGGAAAGAAGGUCUAUGGCCACUGUCCUUGAAGGAAAUGAAAAUGAGAGUGAUGUCGGAGAACGUAGAGGUCAGAAGCGAGACAGGAGUGAUUCGCUUGAAAACUCGCAACAAUGGCUAAAGGAGAAGAGAAAUCAAGGCAAGAGGGCAAGACAAUUGUCCCCUGACGAGCCGGAGCAAGAACAAGGAGGUAACAAUGAGGAUGCUGGCGACGGACAGAGAGAUCGUCAACGCCCGGCAACUUCCCAGCCUCAAGGCCGGCGAGAGGCUGGAAGAGGUCAAGGUCAGUCCCAGCGUCAACCGCCAUCGGGACGAGCACAAGCUGCUGCACUUGGAGGCGAUCCGCCAAGCCAGCCAUCUUCAGAGGGCUCAGAGGGCAGAAGGCCAGGUCGAAGGGUGGGAAGCAGCCCCCACCGACCCAGUUCCAUCUCAAGUCGCGAGUCGACUUCCAGUGACGACGACGGGAGGAGUCCACCCCGUCAACCCGCCGGCCGGAGACCAGAACGUGGACCCUCUGCCCCUCUCCAUUCACCAGGUGCAGCACGCACAGAUAUAAUAAGAAGUCCAGGCCGAUCAAUUGGUGGCCGAUUCCCACCUCAACCUCAAACGGACGAUGGUGAAGUCGAGAACGUCGUCGAAGAAGAAGACGACGACGAUCUUUUUGGCCACGAAGACAAUCUUUUUAGCAUUCCACACGAAGAUAUAGACAUGGACCACGAUGCCCAGAAAGAACUUGAAGCCGCCGCCGCCGCCGCCCAAGAUGAACCCAACCCCGAACAAGAAGUUCCACAACCAGGUGUCCCUUCCCCCGUCAGACCCCGACAACCCAGAAUCAAACAUGUCAACCGUACACCUCCAGUGAGAGAACAGCCCGUUCAAAAUCGCCCUAUUCCAGGCCGUGGCAAGUUCGUUCCGGGUCAGGGACCCAGUCCGGGCCCGAUCAGACGGUAUGAACCGGGGUCGGACGAUAGGGAUCAGUUCACUGGUUAUAGGGAGAGAGAAGAGGAUAGGUCUAGCGCUGAGGGGACGGAUAAAGAUGACAAUGAGGAUCAUAAUACUGAGGACGAGGAUGAUGGCGAGUAUGAAGAUGAGGAUGGUGCUGGGCGUGGACAUUCUGGUGGCUCUCGCAGAUCGAGGGGUUCUCGUGGCUCUCGUGGAUCCGGCGCCAAUAGAUGGUCCGAGUAUUCGGGCGACAACAUGUUCCUCUCUCCUAUCCGAAACAGACAUAGGGAUGUCGAGAGGGACGCUACGCCUGAACAAGAAGACAACGACGAAGAUGUCGCCAUGGGCGGCGUUGACGACGUCGACAACAGAGAAGAGCAGCUUCCCAAAACUCCACCUCCGGUCGACAACCGCGAUCCCCGCCAUCCGGACUACCUCACUCCCCACCUUCGCCCCGAGUAUACUCCGCGCCAGCGCGUCUACCUGCUGGAGCUCCAUAAUAACCGCGUUAACUACUCUCCCACCUCUCGACAGCAAUUUGACAGGCAAGCCCGAUACGAGUACACCGUCAAUCGACCAGCGCUCCCAGGUAGACGUCCCCGUGCCCCCUUCAGGACACCCGCCAGGUUUCUAGUUAAGGGGACACCCCGUCCCAUCCUCAACAACGAACAGCUAGAGCAACAAAUGCGUGAGGCAAUUGAUCAAGCAGUCACGGGGUUCAGGGAAAUGAGAGAGAGGGUCCUGGCACACCUAGAGGACCGAGAGCCCGUCCUUAACCGACCCCCGCCAGACCAUACGGGAGGGAAGUUCAUCCCUGAGCAUGGGUAUCAUGGACAUCCACCUCUUCCAAGGCCACCGCAAAUGGAGGACAGGGGCGAAGACGAAGAAGAAGAAGACCUGGAAGAAGAUCCGGAAAGUUUUGCCGAGGGCGAGGCGAGGGUCCGAAGGGAGGCGUUGGAGCGGUUUAUCAGGAGUUAUAGGGAGAGGUUUAGGGAUACCUUGGACCCGAGAGAUGUGGAGAGGAGAGAGAGAAUGAUGAGGGCCUGGGCAGAGGGAAGGCAGUAUAUUAUUGAGGUCGAGGAACCGGACGAGGAGUCGCCGGAGGAUAAGAAGGGGAAGAAGAAGGGGAGGAAGGGAGCUACUGCCUCUAGAGGAGGUAGAGGUGCUGGUGCUGGUGCGGCUUCCAGCGCUGCUCCUGAGGAUCCUUUCGCUCCUGCUCCUGCCCCUGCUCCUGCCCCGGCCCCAUCCCGUACUACCCGGGCCCGGGCCUCUGCUGCCCCGGUUCCUGCUGCGCCCAUUACGCGGAGCACUCGCAAUAGGCCUGCUGCACAUGACUCUGACGAAGAAGCUCAACUGGUGGCUCAACUGCAAGAGGAAAAAGCCCGACGAGAGGCGGAAAGACAGCAAGCUGCUGAACAAGCUGCGGAGCGGAGGACCGCGAGGGCAGGUGGAAGUGGUACUGCAGCACAACCUCAACCCGAGUCUCGACCAGCUCCGGCUCCGAGACCGGCUCCAAGACCGGCACCACAACCCCGAGUUCCAGCUUCAGCUCUGCAAUCAUCCCGCCCAGCUGCUCCCGCCAAACAGGCACCUCGCCCAUCUGCACCUUCUACACAAGCAGCCCGACCAGCCUCAACUCGUCCAGCAGGUGCCCCGAGCCAACAACCAUCCCGCCCAUCGGCACCGGUCAACCAAGCACCUCGCCCAUCGGCACCUUCUACACAACAAUCUCGCCCAUCUGGUGCAAACCCCGGCCAACCCCGUCCCUUAGGAAACCAACCUCGUCCUACAGGAAACCAACCUCGUCCUUCUGGAAGCCAACCUCGUCCCUCGGGAAGUCAACCUCGUCCACCCCCUCCCCCUCCCGCCCCGCUCCCCCGUCAACGUCGCCGCGGUGACGCCGAUCCCGAUGUCUAUCAACCGCUCCCCAUUCCACCCAACGAGACUGCCACACAACGCGCCGCUCGCAUCAAGCGUGAAAAGGAGGAAAGGAAGAAACAUCGCGACAGGAAGUAUCAAGCGGAGAGGAGAGCAAGGGCACGCGAGGCAGAGGAUGCUAUUGCCGCAGCAAAGAAAGGGAAGAAAAAGAAGCAGAACGAGGAGGACGACUACGAGGAUGAAGAUGAGGAAGAUGAGGAAGACGAAGAAGAAAUGACAGAAGAGCAGAAGAAGAGAAGAGAGGAGCUCAGAAAGUUAAAUGCCAAGAGGCUGAAAGAUAAGUUGUAUAGAAGGCAGAAGAGGGCGAGAGAGAGGGAGGAGGCGAGGAGGGCUGAGGAGGAGGAGGAGGAUGAUAGUGAUGAUGAUGAGGAAAGUGAUAAGGGGAAGAAAAAGAAGAAGGGGAAGGCGGUGGAUAAGGGCAAGGGCAAAGCUCUCGACAAGGGUAAAGGCAAAGCCACGAAGGCCACGAAAAAGGGCAAGAAAAAUGAUGACUCGUCUGAUGAAGAUGAGGACUCGGACAAUAGCAACGAAUCCUACGGCGACGAAGCCUUCAACAACUACCGCGGUCGCGCAGGGGAGAGUAGCGCGGUGGGAGGUCGAAGAGAAGCCAGGGCUACGAGGGGAGCUAGUAGAGUUGUGCAUGAAGAGGAGGAGGACGAGGAUGAGGAGGAUGACGACUCGAGCGAUUUGGAUUCUGAGGAGCAGGAUCCGUCGAGUGAUGAUGAUUGGGAGGCGUAG